CCCAGGUUGGUUCCCCUCGUUAGAAGCUAGCUACUUACUCCCUUGUCCCCAAUACAUUCUGAUCCACCUAACUAGCAGUUUUCCAAAGACGCGACGCACUGUGUAAAGAGAGAGGUUCAAAUGCUUCGAACCCAGUGACAGUGGAGUGAACCUCGCAGAUUCCCAGCCAGAAGUCACUACGAUUAAAACUCAAGAAGAACAAGCCAGAUGUAGACAUUUCUUGGCAUGGAGAACCAGUCCCAUACUACCCCAGGGGCUUCUCCUUGUGAAGCAGAGCUUCAAGAACUGAUGGAACAAAUUGACAUCAUGGUGAGCAACAAGAAGUUGGACUGGGAAAGAAAGAUGCGGGCUUUAGAGACGCGGUUAGACCUUCGGGAUCAAGAGUUGGCCAAUGCACAGACUUGCUUGGACCAGAAAGGACAGGAGGUGGGGUUACUUCGACAGAAGCUGGAUAGUCUAGAAAAGUGUAACUUAGUAAUGACUCAGAACUAUGAAGGACAGCUACAGACCCUAAAAGCUCAAUUUUCUAAGCUAACCAAUAACUUUGAGAAACUGAGAUUACACCAGAUGAAGCAAAACCAAGUUCACCGAAAGGAAGCCCCCAGCAAAGAAGAAAUACCCUUUGAGCUGAGCAGUUUGAACCAGAAGCUAGAGGAGUUUAGAGCAAAGUCAAGGGAAUGGGACAAACAAGAGAUCCUCUACCAGACGCACCUGGUGUCUUUGGAUGCUCAACAAAAAUUACUAUCUGAAAAAUGUAAUCAGUUUCAGAAACAGGCACAGAAUUACCAAACUCAACUAAACGGUAAGAAGCAAUGUCUAGAGGAGAGCAGCCCUGAGAUCCCUCGCCUGGUGUGUGAAUCAGACCCUGGCUGUGAAGCCAGCCAAAGAGAUGAGUUCAUUAUUGAAAAGUUAAAGUCGGCCGUGAGUGAAAUAGCACUGAGCAGACAGAUGAACAAAGCUCUACAAGAGAUGAAAGAGUGCCAGGCCAUGGAAGCAGGACUGUCAGAGGUGAAGAAUGAGUUACAGUCACGUGAUGACCUCCUGAGGAUCAUAGAAAUGGAAAGAUUGCACUUGCAUAGGGAACUGUUGAAAAUGGGAGAAUGCCAGACUGCUCAAGACAGCAGGACAAGACUUGAAUCGUCAUGUUCCCCCUCUACUAAAGAACCGGAGAAAAGAAAGGAGUUGUUUUCAAUGGUCUCAGAUCAACCAAAUCAUGAAAAAGAAUUAAACAAGAUGAGAAGCCAGCUCUAUCAGGAGGAAGACCGAUGCUCCGAACAGGAACGCAUGAGGAAUGAGAUCUCCGACCUCACCCAGGAACUUCACCAGAAGGAGAUCACUAUAGCAACUGUCAUGAAGAAAGCUGCCCUUCUGGAAAGACAGCUAAAGAUAGAAUUAGAAAUAAAAGAAAAAAUGUUAACAAAGCAACAGGUCUCGGAUAUAAGAUACAAAGCAGUCCGAACAGAAAACACACACCUGAAAGGGAUGAUGGGAGACUUGGACCCUGCACGGUACUUGAGUGUGGACUGCACUGACAAGGCGCAUUCACGGUACACAUCGAUUAACAAACUGGAAUACGAGAAUGAAAGGCUCCGAAGUGAUCUUGCAAAGCUCCAUGUCAAUGGAAAAGCAGCAUGGUCUAAUCAGAGUAGCUAUGAUGAAGCAGGAGCAUAUGCCUACCAGAGCCAGCUGAAGAUGGAGACCAGUGGAGACAGAAUUAGCCAAGACUGUGAGCUGAACAGAUGCCCAACACCACCGAUACCACCUUUGCCAUUUCAGACCAAAGAAAUGAUAAGUCCCUUGGCUAGUGAUGAUGAAGUCUUCCCUCUGUCUCCACCAGAUGUAUCCUUCCCGGCUUCCCUGGCUACACAGCGCUUCCUGAUGGAAGAAGAGAGACGGGCCAAGGAGCUUGAGAAGCUGCUCAACACACACAUCGACGAGCUGCAGAGACACACCGAGUUCACACUUAACAAAUACACCAAGUUCAAGCAGAACAGACACAUAUGAGCUCUGCACCUUUUCUGUUUGCUUCCUCUCCAGAAGGAAGAAAGGGGGAAGCUCCAGCGCAACACUUGCAAAGCAGGCUCAUGAAACAGAAAUCUGGUUCCAUCUCCACAAGUCAAUCACUCUUCUGCAAGGCAGCUAGAAAACAGCAUUUGUUCCAGAAAGCUGCUUGUUUCUGCAUUUCACAUACUAAUUGUUCUGUUAGGAUAGAAUAAGCAUGACUAGCCCCAAAGGGUUUCUCUCCUGUCUAAGGAACAGUUUGGGAAUAAAAAUGAAUUAUUUCUGAUUUUAAUCAUGUAUGCUAAAGUCCCAUUUCCUGAGUAACAGGCAGCAAGAAAGGGAAGCGCUCAACUCCAAAUGUAAGGAAACUGAGUACAGCCACUCUGUGCUGGGCACAAAAGCUCAAGGACUUCUAAAAGUGAAAGGUGUCUAGAUAGAUACAUUGGACUAUGUAAACACCCUGAGAUUUGCUUCAGAAGCACAAGGACAUGCCUUUGCUGUUUCUACAUUCACUUUUGUAGUGUCUCUGCCUUAACAUCAAGCAGGAUCCUGAAUGUGCGCUGUGCACAGCCAGAGAGCCAUGCUGCCACCGAGACACAGCAAACACAGAGCACCACAUUUCCUCUGUCUCCUUUGUAAUCAUCCCUGUUUGUAAUACAAUAAAGGAAUGCAAAAUUCA